UCGAUAUUUAGCAAGUAGGAACCAUCGAUUGUGUUUCAUAGAAAUCAAUGUUAUUCCAGCCCUAACAACGAGUGCUGAUCUGAACAAAUUCGGUUGAUUUCAUUUGAUUUUGUUUCACAUUUUUCGUGUCGCCGCGAUCGGAUCGGAUCGGAUUCCCCAAUAACCUCUGAGCGCACCGCCUAUCCUUCAAGUGAAAUGUCGCUGAACCCGCAGUACGAGGACAUUGGCAAGGGAUUUGUGCAGCAGUUCUAUGGGAUAUUCGAUGACCCGGCGAAUCGGGCGAACGUGGUUAAUUUCUACAGCGCUACCGACUCGUUCAUGACCUUUGAAGGCCACCAAAUUCAGGGCGCGCCCAAGAUUCUGGAAAAAGUUCAGAGUCUGAGCUUUCAGAAGAUUAACAGAGUGAUAACCACAGUGGACUCGCAGCCUACUUUCGAUGGCGGGGUUUUGAUCAACGUCCUUGGAAGACUGCAGACCGACGAGGAUCAGCCGCAUGCCUACAUUCAGACCUUCGUAUUGAAGCCGGUGGGCGGCAGUUUCUUUGUGCAGCACGAUAUAUUUCGGCUGUCGCUGCACGAUGUGUAGCACCAUCGAUACCGAUCCGCCACGCCCAGUCUACAGACUCCAGCGCCCGGCCAUGUACAAUGUGUUAAUCGAGAUAGAGAUCGAGAUCAGCAGCCAAACGAUCAGCCAGCAGAGACGAGACAAGACCCAGUUAAAAAACGAAAGAAAGCAAUAUCUAAGCGAUAAGAUAGUUCUGCUGUUUGUCGACCUUAUGCCGCCCAGCCACGCCCACUCCGCCCACAAAUACAAAAAUAUUUAUCCCUGGCGUCUCGUCGUUGUCGAAUCUCUUCUAAUUAUCC